AUGUCCUCCGUCCUGGACCAAAUCCGGCGCAUCGACGCCCAGCUCGACCAUCUCCAGCUGUCCAACCUCUCCGCAACCUCACGACUCUCCACUUCCUCAACAGGCGAAGAACAUGGACUCAAACCUCCCCCUCGCACCCUCGCGCUCCAAAUCGCCAUCCGCAGUCUCUCCCCCAGCAGUUCGGACGCUCGAGCACUGCUUCGACCAGAUCAGAUCCAGAGCUUCCUCUCCAUCCUCUCGAAACAGUCCGAUGUCACGCAAGCGAUAGGCGAGGGGGCCAGCGCGAGUGCAUACGAUACCGAGCUCGAAUGGCUGCUCACCUCCAAAGCCACGGCGCAGGUUUAUGGGAUCUGUCUGACUAGUAUCCUCGACACGGCCGUGUGGCUGGCGAACGAUAUAUACUACUGGGACGAAGUCCUCUCUUCACGACGGUACACGGCGCUCUAUAGCCUGCAAAUCUCGCCUCUACGUCUCUACGACUGGGGCAGCGGGGUCUGGACCGAAGUCAAAGCGAAAGGAGGCCAGUUCAGUUUCGCAGGCGCAAGACAGGAUGCCCAGGACACGGUCACGCAGAGCUGGAAGGAGUUUUACGGCUUGGUGAGGCAGGUGGUAAGGGAACGGAGCGUGGAGCAGAUUCAUAAGAGUAUGGUGAGUCCGGUGACGAGGAUCAGGGGUCAGAUCAGGAAGAAGCAGAAGGCGUUGCGGAGGAUACGGAUGUUGAAUGCGAAUGCGCUUGGGGUGUUGUUGGGCGAGGGACUGGCGAAUGAGAGCGUGCAUGGGGAAGGGCUGGCGACGCCGGCUGGGGAGGAGGAGGUGCAGCAGAAGUGGAAGACGGCGGUAGCGAGGAAUGUGGGUUUGAUGGAGGCGGUGUUGGUGAAGGUUAAUGAUGAGGAGACGGAGGUGGAGAAGUUUGAUGCUGCGAUUGCUGAGUUGACGGAUGAUGAUCCGUUGUUCGCGGCGGAGGUCGAGGGCGAGGGGCUGUUGGCACAGCCUCAAGCGGUGGCAGAACGGCUGUCGAGGGUGCUCACGUUCGCAUUACCGCAGUACACGAACUCGACGCAACGACUACUCCAACAGCACGGCAAGCCCUCCCGCCUCAUCCGCUACUGGCUUCCCAUCACCCUCGGCAUCCUCUCCUCCAGCACCAUCCUCCGCAUCCUCCUCAACCGCAAAGCCGAAAUCAUCCAAUGGGUGCAAGACUUCGGCGCUACCAUCGUCGACUUCUGGACCAACUGGGUCGUCGAGCCCACCCGGAAGGUGAUCAAGACCAUCCGCCAUGAUGAAGGGAGCGAAGUGAGCAUCAUGUCCAAGCGCAGCCUGGAAGGCGACCGCGCGAGCUUGGAGCGCAUGGUUGUUGAUUUCGCGAUCGAUAACCCAGGUACUGCGGAUGCGAAUAGUUCUGGCUCCCUUAGUGAUGCUGAGAUCCUGGACAUUAGGACGAAAGUCCGGGAAGGUGAUCUCACGCCCGUGCUGAAGGCUUACGAGAAAGACUUGACGAAACCUUUCAUGGGCACCGUCCGCGGCAACCUCAUCCGCGCACUACUGAUUCAGAUCCAAAAGACGAAGGUCGAUGUUGAGGUCGCGAUGGGCGGUAUCGACUCCCUGCUCAAGUCGCAGGAACUCGUGUUUGGUUUCGUGGGUCUCACGCCGGGGAUCCUCGUCACUUACUUCGUCGCACAAUCUCUGCGCAGCUCUUUGACGGAGAAGAAGGGCGCGAAGGCUGCGCGAAAGCAAGGGCUGAUGCUAAGGCAGUUGAGGAACAUCGACCGCAUCCUGACCGAGAGCCAGGCAACGGAGUUCGGAGAGCUGUACUACCGCGACCAGGGCUUGUUGCUGUGCGAAGUACAUGGACUGCGAGAGGUGGCGGGGAGAGUAAUGCCCAAGAGCGUGUGGAGGGAAUUUGAAGUCGAGGUGGGCGUGUUGGGAGAUGUGAGGAGUGGGGUCGAGAGGCAGAAGAGGGUGGCGGAGAGGGUGAGGUGGGCUUAUGGGCGGUGGUUGUAG